AUGAUAAAUUCAACACGUGCAGAAAUUCUACAACUUUAUCGUUCUUUUUUACAUGUAAUAGAAAAUUGGCCUGCUGACCAUUUAAGACCAAAUCGUAAUUUAAAACAAGUUUUACAUUUACGGGUAACAGAAGGUUUUCAGAAAAAUAUGAUUAUUAAUGAUCCAGAAGUUCACAAUAAAUUGGUUACUGAGGCAGAAAUUGAACUAGAUGCAUUAAAACGUUUAGCGAAUAACGAGUUCAAGGAAAAGUAUCCACUUUCAGAUAAAAUGCAUACACCAGCAUCAAAUCCAAAAUAUUAUACUAGAUUAAUUGCAGAAAUUGAUAAAGCAGCCAAAGCAAAAAUAGUUGAAGAAUUAACUGACAAUGUUUCUGCUCUAGCCAAUAACUGGACUGGUUUACAACGCCCAGUCAGAUUGGUAUUUGGAGAGUUGUUUGAUUGCUGUACUGCUGAUUUUGUGUGGAUGACAGCAAAGCCAUUAACUGUUAUUGGCUUACAAAAAUGGUAG